GCAACCGUUUUGUACACUGUGUUUGUUUGGCAACAAAAUCUAACAAACAAAAGUUUAUUUACUUUAGAAGGAAUGCAAUCUGAAUUACACCUUUAAAUCAUUUGAAACAUUUUUUCAAAAUCUUUUUGUUUUGUAAACAAUAAUUACAUCAAAUUGUGCAUAAGUUGUGGACGAGGUUGAGGACCGAGGCGAUUAUGACGACCCCUCGACCGGAGGCGGAUCGGGAUGGAGGAGUGCCCAAAGAACGGUGCACUGUGUGCCGACAGGAUCAUCUUGCAAAGGAAUUGCAGCAAUAUCGACGGGUGCUGUCGGACCGGUUGGUCUUCCGGUGUUCCAUCUGUGGCGGAGAUUAUCUUAGCAAGGAGGAACUGUGGGACCACCAGGAUCUUCAUGAGGCUGCAGAUGGAUCAAAGGAACCAAGCUACGAGGAAAUGAAAAUACGAUGCAGACUGUACAAAUGCCUACUGUGUACAGGCCACCGUGUUUACCAAGAUAGUUUUUAUUGGUCUCAUAUUCACGACAGUCACGAUGGUUGUGGAAGAAGAAAUGAGACGGCGAAUUUAGCCUUGUCUCACAAUUCGAACGAUACUAGUGUUCCGCACGAGCAACUAAACGUUACCACUAUCAAAAGCGAAUGUCCUAUUUGCGAUGAAGUUUUUAGUAGCUGGAGUCUACUUUCUAAACACAUCAACCAAACUCACCGGAUGGUUGUUUGCAACGAUUGCACUAUGGCAUUCACUGAUGAACAUGAACUUCAAGCUCACAAGUGUUCCACGAGUUCUGCGUCCCAGCACAACACUCAGAAUCAUAUAAAUUCAGACAUACUACAUUGUUCUAAACAGAAUAAUAGUGAACAUAGUAAAGGCUCUGAUAUCAAAUAUCAGGUGAAUUCGCACAAUAACGCUAAUCCUAUUGUUAAAAUGGAAAUCUCAGUGGAAGAGACAGAACUACAGAUGCAGAAUGAUCACAAUACUGGAACACAUAGACAGAAAGAUCUCGAAAACAUCGACCAUGAAACCUUUAAUGAUCAGGACUCAUUCAGUGCAACGGAUCAGCGAUUCGACAUUAAAGAAGAAUCUACAGAAGAAGAUAAUGCCCUGGUAACGCCUAUGGAUUCGGACGAUUCCAUGAAACUGGAAGAGCAGCUCAACAAACAGCCCACUGAUUGUCCAAUUUGUGGGCUAACAUUUGCCAGCGAUACCAGGAUGCGAUACCAUAGGAGAAUAAACCACACAGAUCCCCGGUACAAAUGUUCCUACUGUCCGAAAAUGUUUCAUGUCAAGCAUAUGCUGGCACGUCAUGAAACAACGCACCAGGGUGAGCAAAACGUAACGUGCAAGCUGUGUUCCGAAACGUAUCGUAAUGAGAUGCGUUUGCAGCGCCAUCUUAAAAUAGCACAUUCCAUGCCAUGUGAUCUUUGUGAGCUCAAAUUUACGUCCAACACCAAGGUGGAACGCCAUAAGCGAAAAUAUCAUAAAGAGAGCUUUACAGUGGAUAGGCGACAAAGAGUGAAGCUUCCAGGAACGGGACCCAAGCCUAAGGUUUGGAACUCAAACCAGAUGCAGGAAGCGAUCGUAGCCGUUGUGAGCCAACAGUGCGGUAUUAGCCAAGCCAGCACUCAGUACGGCGUACCCAAGGGAACCCUGUACGACAACAUACUCGGCAAGGACAACCGGAUGAACGUCCUGCAUGAACUUCCCUUUAGCCCGGAAGAGGAAGAUGCCAUAUUGAAUUUCGCCUGCCUGUUAUCCCCAGGAGCGCAGAGCAAAAGAGCCAUACGGUCGUUGUGCAGUAUUUUGGAGUUUAUGAGCCAGUUCCCAUGUUUCCAGGAGAAAGCCGAACAAUUCAAAUUUGGAGGAAUUCCAGGUUUUAAGUGGUGGUGGGCUUUCUGUCGGAAGCAUUCGAUCGAUCCUCCGCGGUCACUGUUCGAUGGUCGCAAGAGGCCAAAGUUCGAUGACACGGGCAAUGGAAGAAAGGAUCUUAUUUAAAGGUAAGUGUAGAACUAGUCUAUUUAGGUAAAAACUCACAUAAAGACGAAAAAGAUGAGAAGCACGAAAUCGAAAUAAAAUUCAAAAUAAUUUAA